GGAAAAAUGUGUCCGAGAAUGCCAUUUUCUUUUUUUAAACGAAUAAGGGCGUCAGAUCUCGUGUUUCCCAUAAGAAACUGAAAUCGGCUCAUCGAUCUUACAAAUUUAACAAAAAACGGCCAAGUUUGCGAAGUCUUUUCAUAAACAAAUCGCUCCUCAUCCGCCAGUAUCAUUCCUGUGGGCUAUAACAAAUUCGAGCAACAGUCAUUUCAGCAGGUUUGUGCAAGGCUUGCAGAGUUGUCUACUUGAAGAUCUCAUAGCGAACUCUUCGUCUCAUAUACGUACGGUACGCACCUUGGUGUCUUUUUCGGUUCAGCUCACUUAAGAAGGUGAUAACAGCUUCCUCCAUCACCACGAUGACGACCAUUAUACACAGAAAGAACCCGGCAGAACAGAUACAUGUGGAGUCGCCUCCAUCGGAUGCACCUAUCGAGAAGCUGAACGACUUCUAUUGGACUGAUACUGAGGAACCACAUGCUCAGCGCAGAAAGGAGAUCUUGAAGAAGUACCCGCACGUGACCAAGCUAUGUGGGCCUGAACCUCUGACCAAGUAUAUCGUGUGCGGUGUCGUUGCGUUACAGUUGUCCAUUGCUUACUAUCUGAGGGAUAAGAGCUUCUUCUCCUGGAGAUUCUUCCUCUUGUCCUAUAUCAUUGGUGCCACUGCCAACCAGAACGUUUUUCUUGCGAUCCAUGAGCUCAGCCACAACUUGGCCUUCAAGAAACCACUGUACAACAAGCUGUUUGCCAUAUUCACGAACAUACCUAUUGGAAUCCCAUACUCGGCUUCCUUCCAGCCUUAUCACCAGCUCCACCAUAAGUACCAAGGAGAUGAGGUGUUGGACACCGAUCUCCCAACAUACUACGAGGCCGCGGUCCUGAGUAACGUUCUGGGUAAGGCCUUUUUUGCAACGUUCCAAAUCUUCUUCUACGCCUUGAGACCGAUGUUCAUCACUCAGAUCAAAUUCACCUAUAUCCAUCUGUUGAACGUCAUUGUGCAGUUUCUCGUGGACUACCUCAUCAUCAAAUACUGGGGGUUCAAGUCGUUCCUGUACUUUCUGUUCUCCUCAUUCUUAGCGGGCUCCUUGCACCCAUGUUCAGGACACUUCAUCGCAGAGCACUACAUUCUGGACCCACCAGAGCACUAUGACCGUCACACCGAUGCCCCACCACCUGAGACGUACUCCUACUACGGGAUCUUGAACUUCUUCACCUGGAACGUUGGUCUCCACAACGAGCACCACGAUUUCCCAUACAUUGCAUGGAGCAAGCUAUACGAGCUCAACAGAAUCGCCAGUGAGUUUUACGAGCCCUUGCCGAAACACGACUCCUGGAUCAUGGUGAUUGUCGAUUUCAUAUUCGACGAGAACGUGUUGCUGUACAACCGUGUGAGAAGAGAGAGUAAGCGUGAGAAGCUGGAGCAGAUGAAGAAGUCCGUCUACAGCAUUUAAAAAGAACAAAGACUACAUAUAUCAGCGCCGUUAC